AUGGGCUUCUUAGACCGGCUUCGCAGGCGCUCCAAAAGCCAUAGCCGUGUGGGGAAUGCCGCCAGCUACGAACAUCUCCGCAUCGCGUCCGAUUCUCACAACCCCAUUCCUCCAGUUCCCUCGCGACGACGACAGCAGGAUUUCACAAGGAACCUCCCCCGACCCGUCCUCGCCCGCAUCUUGGCCUCGGUCUGUCCUCAUGCCGCCGAUCACAGCUAUGCAACCUCGGAAGAGUCCAUGACCGAAGAUGGCUGCAUGCUCUGUGACAUGCGUGACCUGGCUCAUUGUGCGAUGGUGUGCAAGCAGUGGUAUUCGGAAGCUCAAGCUCUACUUUACUCCAAUGUCCGCAUCGACGCCGUCCAUUACUGUGAACUCGAAGUCCUAUUAGCGGCCCGACGAAAGCGCCGUUCCUUCUUUGACCGCAAUGGCGACCCCAUCGAUGCUCCGCAGGCCCGAUUGGAGCUGUUCAUGCGCUCCGUGCGACAAUCAUACGAGCUGGGAGGUCUGGUCUUGUCAUUGCGAAUGCCUUAUAUGACCCGCGAAGCUACCAAGGCGGGUAUCGCUCGCACAGUGUCGGUGUGUCCCAACCUCCGGUAUGUGGACUUGCCGGUGGGUAUAUUCAGUGAUGACCCGUCCUGCUUGGCCUUGAAGCAAGAGCUCAUGGCCCGCUGCCCCGAUAUCCGCCGCAUGAGCUACCGCCACGGCGCCGAAGGGAGCUUCUCUCAGUUACCGGGCUCGCAGCGAUGGAUGAACUUGGAGAUUUUAGAGCUGUCACGCUUGCAGAUCGAGCCCAGCAUUCUGCGCUUCGCUCUGGGCUCGUUUCCUCGCCUCCGCGAAUUGACCCUAGAGGAGCUCCCCUGGCUUGAUGACUCCGCCUUUGCGCAGACUCAAUCCCUGCCUCCCUUCCCAGCCGUACAACGGCUCACCCUUCGAGACACCCCGAACGUCACGGCAAGCGGGCUUGCCGCGUUCUUUGCCCUCCCCAUCAAUCGCAAAUCUCUCCAGUUCCUGACCCUCUCGUCCACGGGAGUGCUCCCCUCCGCUCUGUAUCAGAUUCUCUCUUCGGCACCAAAUCUCCAGGGACUCUCAGUCAUCCAGGAAGUCUCGCGAUCCUUCCCUACCGAGCAGAUACCACCGUUGACAUCUACCUCGCUGAGCAUGUUGCAUUACGAAAUCACUUCGUCGAACUCAUCGUUCGGCCUGCCCCCGGUUGCAGGCUCAUACUACACCUAUUUGAUUUCCUCUCUCAUGACCAAUGCUCUCCCGGCUUUGCGCGAUCUCUACGUUCGCGAUGCCAGCUUCCCGGAGGCGUUGUUACUCGCCCCUCCGCCUCGGCUUUUCGGAAGAGGUGAACGCGGACCACAAUCUUUCGGCGGUGGUCUCUCACAGCCGCUUAAUGUAUACAGCAAAGGCCUGGAUGAACUGGAGUGGAACUUCACGCCGUACGAACCACCCCAGACGCGAGGCCGACGGGACAGUACUACCCGGCCGGUGAGCCUCCAUGAUGCGCAACUAAGUCGGACUUGGGGUGGUGAUGCGCGCAAGAGUGUGCUUGUCGGAAACGGUUUUGGCGGCUUCUUGGCGAUUCCUGUAAAUGAAGAGCGUCCCAAGAGCAGCGGAGGUUGGAGGCGUGACAGUCGAGGAGACUUGUGGCGGUAA